AGAGUUAGUGUCUUAUAUUAUAUCUCCAUCCCCCUCCAUUCUUAUAUAUGACCAAAACUCAUUACUCCAUCAUUAAAUUCUCCUUCCCACAAAUUAAACACAUCACGUCCCAUUAAAAUUCUUCCAUCAUUAAUUCCUUGUUUUUCCAAUAAUGGAUGAUUUUUCAUGGGAGCAUUUGCAUCUUCAAUUGGAAAUGGAUGAUGAGAAUAUGAACAAUAAUAAUGGUGUUGAUGAUGAUAAUAAUGAAGAUGAUGAGUUCUUAAGAGAAAUCCUAAUGUUGCAACCAUCUUUCUCUUCUGAAAAUAGCGAAAGUGAUAAUCAUAAUCAUCAUGAUCAUGAUCAUCACUCUCUUCUUCAUCAUUCUUCUUCUUCUUCCACUCUUCUCCAAAACACCGUUGGAUCAUCAUCACCGCAAGAUCUGACGGCUGAGAAUUCAAAGAAGAAUAACACUAUGAAACAACCUCGUAGAUCAUCAUCAUCAUCGUCACUACGUUGUUCUUCUCCGAGGAGAUACAUUUUGUCAUUUGAUAACUCAACCAUGACACCAGCUACACCAAAUCAAUUACAAGAA